AUGGACAUAUACGAGGAUAGAGGCGUGGAUACAACAGAUCAUUCUAUCGCAAAUGAACUUAAUAGAAUUAAAUUGCAAUUCUCAAAGAUUAAGCACGCACAGGAACCUCAACACAAGUUGAAUGUUGAUAAGCCUGCUGCUGAUAGAUUCAUUAAAGCUGCUUUACAGCUUCAACAGAAGUCCACUGAGCAACCCCAACAAUCUCAGCAUUUAAGAUUCGAUAACGAUCAUUCCGAAAAGAAGACUUCUAAUGACAGAAAAUUCAGAUCAGACAAAAAGAGCAAGAAACGCUCUUCAGAUUCUCAUCAAGAAAAACCUCCUUCAUCAAAUUCCUCAACUUCAUUAAAUACAUCUCAACCACCGAAGUCGAAGAAAUCCAAGAAACAUACUUAA